AUGCUUUCGAAGAGAGCGACGCCUGCGAGGGCCGCUAACCUCUCACGGACUGCUGUGAGGGGUCUGGCCACCGUCCAAGAUGCCAAUCCUGUUCGGCAUUACGGAGGUCUCAAGGACCAAGAUCGCAUUUUCCAGAACCUCUACGGACGCUUUCCCGCCGACCUUGCGAGCGCGAAGAAGAUGGGAGAUUGGCAUAAGACGAAGGAAAUCAUUCUAAAGGGACACGACUGGAUCAUCAACGAGGUCAAGACUUCCGGUCUCCGAGGACGAGGUGGAGCUGGUUUCCCUUCAGGUCUGAAAUGGUCUUUCAUGAACUUCAAGGACUGGGACAAGGACAACAAGCCCCGAUACCUCGUCGUCAAUGCUGAUGAGGGUGAGCCGGGUACAUGCAAGGACCGAGAGAUUAUGCGAAAGGACCCCCACAAGCUUAUCGAAGGCUGCCUCGUUGCUGGCCGAGCCAUGAACGCCACCGCCGCCUACAUCUACAUCCGAGGCGAGUUCUACCAUGAGGCUGCCAUCCUCCAGAAUGCCAUCAAUGAGGCCUACAAGGACGGCCUGAUUGGCAAGAACGCCUGCGACUCCGGUUACGAUUUCGAUAUUUACAUCCACCGUGGUGCCGGUGCCUACGUGUGCGGCGAGGAAACCUCCCUGAUCGAGUCUAUCGAGGGCAAGCCUGGCAAGCCCCGCCUCAAGCCCCCCUUCCCUGCUGCUGUUGGUGUCUUCGGAUGCCCCUCUACCGUCGCCAACGUCGAGACCAUUGCCGUGGCUCCCACCAUCUGCCGCCGAGGAGGCAGCUGGUUUGCCGGCUUCGGACGUGAGCGAAACCAGGGUACCAAGCUCUUCUGUAUCUCUGGCCAGGUCAACAACCCCGUCACCGUCGAGGAGGAGAUGUCCAUCCCUCUCCGGGAGCUGAUUGAGAAGCACUGCGGUGGCGUCCGUGGCGGUUGGGAUAACCUCCAGGCCAUCAUUCCCGGUGGCUCGUCAACACCCAUUCUUCCCAAGCAUAUGUGCGACGACCAGCUCAUGGACUUCGACGCCCUCAAGGACAGUCAGUCCGGUCUUGGUACUGCUGCCGUCAUCGUCAUGGACAAGAGUGCCGAUGUCGUUCGUGCCAUCAGCCGGCUGAGCCACUUCUACCGCCACGAGAGUUGCGGUCAGUGCACACCUUGCCGUGAGGGCAGCAAGUGGACUGAGCAAAUCAUGCAACGAUUCGAGAAGGGUGAGGGUCGUGAGAGGGAAAUCGACAUGCUCCAGGAGCUUACCAAGCAGGUUGAGGGACACACCAUCUGUGCUCUGGGAGAGGCUUUCGCUUGGCCCAUCCAGGGUCUCAUCCGUCACUUCCGACCUGAGCUCGAGGCAAGGAUGCAGAAGUACGCGCUGGAGAAUGGUGGUGCUGCACUGGCUGGUGGAUGGCACCCCUCGACCAGGCAGCAGGGCAAGCUGGUCGCCCCUGGUCAGUAA